AUGUCAACUGAAAGAACCAUAGAAAUACGUUUACAAUCUGAAGAUAACUAUAUUGAUAUAAUUGAUAUAAAAAAUCUUACAUCACCAGAAAAUCUUAUACCACCUUUAGAAAAUACUAAUAGUAUAAAAAAGUAUACAAAAAAUGCGUUUGAUAAACUUCUUAAUAAAAAAAAUGAUUUAAAUUUUUUAACUAAAAGUAAAGAAUUCAAAGUUAGAUAUAUAAGGGUGUGCCAAAAAUUACGUAAUUUAGUGGAUGGGUGGGGGUCAGGUCCUGCAAUCAGAUAUCACAAUAUACCUUUUAUGGAGGUUGUCUAA